AUUGAACUCCGGUUUCUGUGGCUGUCAAAUCAUUUGGCUAGCCAACGUUAGCCUGUUAGCCGGGGAUGACACCCAGAGGAAUGGCGAGCAGUCGAGAGCAGUUUGUCUGAGAAUCAUACCGGGACACUCGUCAACAGCCCCGGCGAAGAGGCGUUUAGAGGACUCUGGGAUACACGCAGCGGAUGGCCUGGACAGCCCCUGUGGUGGGACCUGCAUGAGGAGAGGAAGACCAAUCUGAACCUCUGGAUGAGUAAUGAACUUAAACCCCUUCUGGAGCAUGUCUGCCAAUACGAGUCGUAAGCAGAGACCCGACAACGAGGAACAAAGCGGGCAUGGCGAGCAGAGGGCCAGCCCAGCCCGGCUGUCCUUGGGCAAGAAGCAGCUUCCUCCCAUUCCAAAGAAUGCCACCCCCAUUACCAAGCCUGCAUCAUUAGGCACUCCAGCCCAGUCAGCCAACGGCACACAUGCCUCCUAUGGACCCUUUUACCUGGAGUACUCUCUCCUGGCUGAGUUCACACUUGUGAUUAAGCAGAAACUCCCUGGAAUUUAUGUUCAACCAUCCUACAAGUCGGCACUAAUGUGGUUUGGGGUCAUAUUCAUCAGACAUGGCUUGUACCAGGAUGGAGUCUUCAAAUUCACUGUGUAUAUUCCUGAUAACUAUCCAGAUGGAGAUUGUCCUAAAUUAGUAUUUGACAUCCCAGUCUUCCAUCCUCUUGUUGACCCUGUGUCUGGAGAGCUUGAUGUCAGAAGAGCUUUCACCAAAUGGAGACGGAAUCAUAACCACAUCUGGCAAGUCCUGAUGUAUGCACGUACCAUUUUCUACAAGAUCAACACCACAGAACCACUCAACCCGGAAGCUGCUGUGCUAUAUGAAAAGGAUGUGCAGUUGUUUAAAAGCAAAGUGGUGGACAGUGUGAAACUAUGCAACAGUCAUCUUUUUGACCAGCCCAAGAUAGAUGAUCCCUACGCAAUAAGUUUUUCUCCAUGGAAUCCAGCUGUUCACGAGGAAGCAAAAGAAAGGAUGUUCACGUACAAAAGACGGCCUGAGGAUCACCACAAGGGAACGCCGGUGUCGGGGCUGUCUUGGGUGAAGCCAGGAUCGACGCAGCCCUUCAGCAAAGACGACGGUCCUCCCCAGAGCUGAAACGGCACUGUCGCAGCAGUGGCCACUAGGGGGAAGCAGAAAGCAUUCGAUGCCGUGCCACCAGCUUGCCUCCGCUGUUUUUGUGAACUGGAUCCUUGAAACAGUUGGGAGAACUUUAUAUUGAAUCUCCGUGUUAUCGCUCAGCUUUAAAAGCUUUGUAGGCAUCUCCUCAAACAGCUUUAGAAUAAGUAAAACCAAGUGUGUAUCAUAUGUAAAUCGACGAUGACAAAUGGAUGUGUCGGCAACAUCGUUUAGGCUGUGAUGCAAUCAAAGAGCUUUCUCAUUUAGAUUUUUCGGAUCCAUGCACAUGUUGGGCUGGGUGAUAUACAUACUGUCCCAAAAAGGAGCUGAAAAGUAUGAGCAAAGCAAUUUGCCUUCAUACGGUAAGUAAUGUGGACUACAUGAUCUGCACCACUCGUUGAAACUGGCUCAGGACUGUUUAUUUGUCAGACUUGGAAUGUUUUCAGUGAGAGCUGCGUGAGUGAAACAUCCUAAUUAUCACCUCUUUCAUUAUUCAAUUAGGUUGACAAGAUAUGUUUUAUAUAUUUUUUUUCUUAUUGGACGAUGAUUUCUUUAAAUUCUACCGUCUGUCUUCUCUUGUCUUACAUAGUUUGUAAUAUAUAUAUAUAUAUAUCUAUAUAUAUGAAGCAGAGCAGGCAAGUAUGGUUUUUAAAUGAGAGGCUAAAUGAGUAAGUUUGUAUUUUAUUUUGUCUGAUUGAAAUAAUUUUGAAUGUUUUACGUCCUUUUGGCUUUUGGUUAUUAAAGGUUUGAUGUGUAAAUAA